AUGUGGAGCAUAAAAGGACUCGCCAUACUGCUUACAUAUCACACUCUCAGGACAACAAAUGCUCCGGGAGAAUUCAGCCCCGAGGAGAGAUCCCAAAGGGGAGUAGCGCUACUGAACCACGCAUACAGUAAGUUAUACUCCCAUAACUAUCCAGGCUGCCUCAUGGCAUGCAUGGAAGACCCACGUUGCAUGAGUCUAAAUUACUGGUGGUACACGAGUCAAUGCGAUCUGAACAACAAGACCAAGUAUUCAGCAGAGUCAAAGUUCUUAUGCCGAGAUACGUCAUCCACGUACAUGGGACUGAUGAGAGAACCAGGUAUAGUGAGUGACUCUUCUGCUAAGGACACCGAGCCUGCACACGUAUUGUGGUAGACUCGCCCGAACGUUGAUUUUCCCGAUGGCGUUUCGCCCGGUAAAGUCGAUUGGCCCGAUGAUUAACAAGUUUCUACACCACGGUGAACACAUAGGAGAUUUUUCGUUGUAGAUAAGCUUGGGUUCCACAUGUACUGUCAAUUUGUUUCCGCCCCUUAUUCCUUUAAAGAACGACAAAAACACAUCGACGAGAUCGCGACGAACUGGCGUCGGUCGAAUCGACCUUCGGGCAAAACGACCUGCCACCCUGCAUACGUGAAAGUACAUUGGUUUAUUCUUUAGUUUGAAGGACCUGGCUGGGUAAAACAACAGACAAACAAAAGUUACCACACAUCACUUGUAGUGUUAGCAAGACAGAGAACUGAUAUAUACUUCUUUUAAUUAAUGUUUACUUUUCAUUCAGCCUUGAUUACACUGGAUAAUAGGACGAGAUCGGUCUUUUGUUAGUUAUCUGUGCAGGUACUUCAAGACCCUCACCGCGCAUAAUGCCUGGACAUCAUUUAUUAUUCAGAAUCAGCAAGGUGGCAAAUUUGAAUUUGAGUUAAGGAAAGCUUAAUAUGUAACAGGCCCAAAUUGGUCAAGUAACGCCGAUGAAACUUACUUUCCUGCUUUCGCGCGGCUGUUUUAAGAAGGAUUUUGUUCCUGCAAUUUAAGUAUCAAACGAAGAGAAAGAUUAAAGUACAGUAAGGAGUAUCGCUUUUUUAAUUGAAAGUACAUCAAAAACGAAUGAAUGAAGAAAAAAUAGGUCUCUCGAACAACAAAUUGAUGACAAGCAGUCCUUGAAGUAAAAGCCUUUUUUUUUUUAUCUGCGAUAAGGAAAAGAGCACGAUCUCUACCGUGAAUCCUGUCUAAUGAAAAAAAUUGGGUUUUGUUUGCCACAAGCAUAGAUUUUUGUAGACAAAAGAAAAAUAAAACUUAUUUUCUUUAGAACAUUUAAAGGAUUGAACGUAGUCGUAUAUCCUUGCAAUGACACUAGAAUACGCUAGAUAUCAACGAACCACAGAGGUCAUAUAUUGCACUUUAGGUGAAGUGAACUAACUGCACAAUCGUCAUAUUCACACUUGCCCAGACUAACUAGGAUAGUAAUUCGCACAAAUUUCUUAUGCUCUGGGUUAAAAAGCAAAUAGGAAGAGAACACUAUACACAAGACGGCAGAUCAGCUCAAAUCUGUGCAUUACUUAUACAAGAAAAAUAACAUGGGAUUGUACAUUUAACUCAAACUUACCGCAGGCUUAUUAUAAAUGAUUGUGAGGCUGAAUCUAUAUGUACAUAUAGCCUUCAUCUUGAAUUACCCUAAAUAUUUUACAGCUGAUUCAUAAGCUACAAUUUAUAAAUUAAAAUCGAAAGGGUUAAGCCAUUUUAUUGUUCUUGAUGUUGAUCAUCCCUUUUCAGUAAAAAACUGACUUCAAGGUACAAUUUGCAAUUCCAUUUUCUGCAUUUCAGGGAUAAAAAGGCCUAUGUACCGUUCCUGCAGACAUGUGCAUACGUCACAAGGUGACGGAGAAUAUUCUAUUGAUCCAACGAUGUCAGGCAAUCCAUUCACGGUUUACUGUGAUAUGACUACGGAUGGAGGUAAUUUAAAAAGAUUGAACCGUGAGUACUUUCACGUUAUAAAGUAGCAGGGUUUUUUUUAGGCUCUUUUUUGUUUUAACUUUCAAAAUCUGGACUUUCUUGCUUUGCCCAUAGCAAUGACACACAGCUCCAGUUGCAGAGCUUUACUAGCGUAACGUAAAGCCAAUAUUUUAUACAAGAUGAACCGCCCCUUUUUCAUCUGUUUUACUCGUAACAACUGCAAAACAGCUUCCAAACAAUAAUACCUUCCAAGCCAAUUGAUUAUUAUUCAAUUAAUUAAAAGCAUUUCGACUAGAAUAUGAAAUAACGACUAUGCCGUUCUCCUUGUUCCUUUUUCCAACUCUUCAUAUCAUGCCAGAGAAAAAAAAUACUGAAUGCAAACAAGAUUAAAACGAGAAUAAUACAAAAAAAAAUCUAAAAGAGGAGUCGUGUUUUUUACUCGUUCAUGGUUCGUGACUAAAAGAUGCUUUCAGAAAUGACCAGUAUUUGCACUUAUUUGGUUCUUUGUUGUCACACAUACAUUAAUUUUUCCGUCGUUUUAUAAACUCGUCAUUUUUCUCGCGGACUUACUUAUUGUUCUCUUUAGAGCGACGGUCCCAUAAGUAAACAGCUGGUAAUCAAAGUCCCGACUGUAGGACAAAAUUGUAAUUUCAACCUCUAUUAAGCGGUCAGCCUCUAUCAAGCGGCUGCAACUACCUUUUGGCCAUCACAACAAGGGUUAUCCUAUUGCUGUCACCUUUAUUAAGCGGUCACCAAUUCAAGAAGAAUUAGUUUGGCUUUACUAUUUAAAAAUAUGAUAGAGGAAAAUGCAGUCUGAGAAGGAAGCUAGGUGUAGACUGAUUGUUGACCAGCCAAGCCGAUGCCACUCCCGUCGCGUGUUUGUUUGAAAUUCGUUAAAAGAGGUUUUUCUGCUAACGAUUAUACUAAUUUAUGAGGAACUUCCAUCAGGCUGCCGGCCACUUGCUGGUACCUCGAGGGUAGCCGCUUAAUUGAGGUUUAACUGUAUUGUCUCCUUAACUGUUGUAUACGGUUGCUGUAUGCUUUAGGUGGUUGGACUGCCAUUCAAAUGGUCUCAUUUACACAAUCCAAGCUCCACUUUGAAACCGAGAUCCUAAUAGCUCAAUCUUACACUGAUCUUUCCCGCUAUUCUGAUCACCGCCAAAAAGUUUUACCCAGUGUCCUUCUGAAGCUGCGAAAGGACAUGGGUUUUAAACAGAUUAGAUUUCACUGCCACAAGAAGAAAGCUGGAACAGUGUUUCACAUCAUGACCAAUAUCAAUCAGCUGGGCGAGGCUGUUGUGGAGUAUUUCACUUUUGCCAGCCCGUUAACCACACGACCCGAGGCUUGUGGCUCAUAUUCAGUCCUUCCGGAUGAUAACUCUACUCUUUCUGAAGACUGCAGCAAUUGGAGUGGAACCCGUGCUCAAGUCGAUGGCAAAUGGGGCGUUCAAGGUGCUUCUCCCUACGAUUUUCCGAUUUUGGAAGCAAUAAACCGAUACGGUGAAAAAAAGAAGGAUGAUCGUUUGUUUUAUGCAAAACCCCAAAGACGACAGUGUGAUGAUGGUGAUAUUGAUGAGAGUUCGCUUUCUCCAGGAGACUUUUGGUCAAUAUUUGUUCGUUGA